AUGACAUUUCGCAUCCUCGCAUUUGGGUCGAACGGAUCGGGCCAAUUAGGAGUCGGGCACGUUGAAGACACAUCAAGUCCACAACAGUGUCAAUUUGCGACGAAUGAGUGGCAACCUGGCGAGACAGUGUCCCAGAUCGCAGCGGGCGGCAAUCACACUCUCCUCCUGACCACGGCGGGGCGAGUGUUUGCAUCGGGCAGUAAUGACAAUGGAAGGUGUGGAACUGUCGGGCAGAUGGCCACUUGCAACACCUUCCAUUCAGUUAUAAUCCCGCAGCAAGAGCUGGGACGUGUGACCCACGUAGCCGCGACCUGGGAGGCUUCAUUCUUUGUCGUUGACGCGCAAAGAAUCUAUUCGUGUGGUUCUGGUGCCAAAGGCGAGCUGGGUCUUGGAGUCGAUCGUGCAAUUUGCAAAGUGCCAGAGCUUGUGGUGGACCUGGCCGACUUCGAAAAUGGCCAGACCAGAGUCGCAGAAUUAAAAGCGUCCAUGGGCCACGUCGUCCUUGUUGCAGAUCAGGGUGACCUCUUCGGGUGGGGUGGCUGCCGUAGAGGACAACUCGGGGAGGAGAUCGCAGAUGCAAAAGUCAUCUGGUCACCGCGAAAGAUUAGCAUUGCAUCUUCGGUGAGAACUGUUGCGCUCGGUCGUGAUUUCACUUACAUGGUCGGCUCCAAUGGCAUCUGUCGCUUGAUGGGAAACAACAAGCACUUCCCAGAUAUCGACAGCAUCCAUAAUUUCCACCCACAGAAUGAGGUUUUCGCUGGCUGGAGUAAUAUCUUCAUCAGGAAUGAAGAGCAGCUGGUUGGCUUUGGACGCAACAACCACGGUCAGCUGCCACCACAACAUCUAUCUGCUUCCAAGUACUUCGCAGCUGGCAGUGAGCACUGCUUAGCUUUGACUCACGACAAUCGUUUGUUGAGUUGGGGUUGGGGCGAGCACGGUAAUUGCGGCAGGCCUCUAGAUGACCAAGGCAAAGUGGCUGGCAGAUUCAAUGAGAUACCAAUGGAUCUAACGGAAAAUGAAUCGGUGUCCCUGGUGGCUGCGGGCUGUGCAACGAGCUUUGUUGUCGUGUCGAAGGCUGAUUGA